AUGAAAGAAGAGGACAAGAAUGGCAUAAGAAUUCCUCCUAGCUUUCGAAUUGUUCUCCGCGGGAAAGAUAUUGAACACCAUAAUAUAGUGAAUGACAUGAUGAUGUCCCAGGAGGUUGCUUAUCAUCUGCAGCCUGGAACUGAUGGGGUCCCAAAAGAUGCUAACAUGCAAAAGACAUAUUGGUCAUCAAAUUGUCACCACAUUAGCUAUUCUCUACGACGAAAUAAGAAAGCUUAUGAAAGAGAGAGCUCUCCUGAUUCUUAUUCCCCAACUCAUCAAUCAAAAAAGAAUGUUACUUCUUCAAGUAGCAAGAUGCCAAUCAAGUCGGUGUAUAAAGGUCAUAAUAAAUGGCACAUGUAUGAAAAGGAAGACAUGAAGAAAAAAGCAUCUGGAAAGCGACCAAGUUAUUCCGGAUUAUCAUCUUCUGGUGAGGAUGUCAGUUACAAUGAUGUGCAAACUAACAUUCGCAGGAAUUGA